GUUAACGAUUCAAGUACCAUGUCCCCCACUUGUCCAUUACGUGAUUACUACAAAAGUUCACAUAAAAAGUUCUUUUUAAGAAAGAGAAGAAGAGGAUCUCAAUAACACAAAAUAAUCUUUUAAAUUAAAAAUACACUCAGAAUUAAGAUGAGCCAAUGUGUUCCCAACUGUCACAUAGAUGAUACUCCUGCAGCCGCAGCAGCUACCACCACCGUCCGAUCCACUACAGCAGCCGAUCUCCCCAUGUUAGACUACGAGGUAGCCGAGCUGACGUGGGAGAACGGGCAACUGGGCUUGCACGGUUUAGGUCCACCGAGAGUGACGGCUUCGUCGACAAAGUACUCCACAGGCGCCGGUGGAACGUUGGAGUCGAUAGUGGACCAAGCUACUCGCCUCCCGAACCCUAAGCCCACUGAUGAGCUCGUCCCAUGGUUCCACCAUCGCUCUUCCAGAGCCGCCAUGGCCAUGGACGCGCUUGUCCCUUGCUCAAACCUCCAGGAGCAACAGAGCAAGCCCGGUGGGGUUGGCUCCACCCGAGUGGGGUCGUGUAGUGAUGGUCGUACCAUGGCCGGUGGAAAACGAGCCAGAGUGGCGCCGGAGUGGAGCGGGAGCGGGAGUCAGCGCCUGACCAUGGACACUUACGACGUCGGUUUCACCUCAACAUCCAUGGGCUCGCCUGAUAACACCAUCGAUGAUCAUGACUCAGUCUGCCACAGCCGCCCACUGAUGGAGGACGAAGAAGAGAAGAAAGGCGGAGGCAAAUCAUCAGUUUCAACCAAGAGAAGCAGAGCCGCUGCUAUUCAUAAUCAAUCCGAACGAAAGAGGAGAGAUAAGAUCAAUCAAAGGAUGAAGACUUUGCAGAAAAUGGUUCCCAAUUCCAGCAAGACGGAUAAAGCAUCCAUGUUGGAUGAAGUGAUAGAGUACUUGAAGCAACUUCAAGCACAAGUGAGUAUGAUGAGCAGAAUGAACAUGCCUUCCAUGAUGCUUCCUAUGGCCUUGCAGCAACAACAACAACUACAAAUGUCUCUCAUGUCCAAUCCCAUGGGUUUAGGGAUUGGCAUGGGGAUGCCCGGUCUCGGUCUCCUGGACCUGAAUUCUAUGAACCGAGCUGCUGCUGCCACUCCUAAUAUACAUGCCAACAUGAUGCCAAACCCAUUUGCGCCAAUGACUUCUCCAUCGUGGGAUGCUUCUUCCAACGAUACUCGAUUUCAGUCUCCUUUAAUUCCAGAUCCUAUGGCCGCCUUUCUUGCAUGCUCGUCACAGCCAACGACGAUGGAAGCAUAUAGCAGGAUGGCUGCAUUAUAUCAACAAAUGCAGCAACAGCUUCCUCCUUCGAAUUCAAAAUGAUUAUUUUAAAAACAUCCAUCGAUCGUACGUCAAUAUAUGUGUUUAGUCACCAUACACUAUAUAUAUAAUAUAUAUUUAUAUUAAUAUUCCAUCAUAAUUAACUUAUAUGUAUAGGCUACUCAUGAAUUAUGAUUAUAUACGUACUUUAAAAAAAAAAAAAAAAAAUCGUGUUGUAAUUGGAUGUCGUAUGUCCGACAAAUAAUAAUGGUAAUGUCUGAGUGAAUUUGUAACUUCACUUUACAUCCAUAAA